AUGGCAAGCAUACCAUUCGGUUGGAGCCUUUUGCUUCGACUGGCACUGCCCUACAUUGUGGCUGUUCUGGUGAACGUUCUCUGUCUGCACAUAUACACCCGCGUCGGCCAUCGUAUUGCCAAUUGGAAUGGCUUCAAACAUGAUCGAAUCUUGAUUGACUCCGGAGCAGCACGCCAUGUUACCUGGGACCGCAGCAUGUUGAUAAACUACAAGACAUACCGUGUUCCAGAGCCAUGCGCCGACGCUACAGGCUGUUCUUACAUUCUUGGAGUGGGAGACGCCAUGGUCCCCUUUGUGAAGGAAGACGGGACUGUUCAGGAAAUUCUGCUCCAAGGAGUGUGCUAUAACCCCUACAUGCCUCUUACUUUGCUCUCGACGGAGCUUCUUCGUCAGCAAGGGGUCUUUCUCUCUACGGAACAACAGAUGCUUUACCGGAGAGGUGUUGACGGCGGCAAGGAGGCACUCGCAGUGACUGAAACACUCCACAGUAUACCGUGGCUGAAGGUUCCGGACGUCAAGGAAGCUCGCAAUGAUUCGAAUGGAUCAAGAAAAUUCGGAUUUUGGUCAUACCUCUCGCAGCGAGUGGUCGUGGGCGACGGGAGGCAGGUCGACAGUACCUUGGCACAUUAUGAUCGAGACAAUCGAGAAAGCUCGCAUGAUGAGAUCGAUGAACUCGUCGACAAGGUGGACGAACAGAAGCGGAAGAUCGCCGCCUUGGAGGAGCGUCUCAAGUCCGUCUGUCGUGCAAGCGACAAAGACGGCCUCGUGGUUUGA